UACAGUGUCGACUGCACAUCUCAUAGUAAGACUUUCGGACUUAGCAAUUAGAUCAAACAGAUUAUGUGUGUUUCUUGAUAUUUCGAUUGGAAUUUCGUGAAAAGAAGUUAAAACGACAAUCUUAAAUUGGAUUUUAAUUGAUAAAGCAUAAUGUCAGUAACAUCGAUAGUUGGCGGAUGGACGUCAUGGAACAAGCUCCGGGGUAACGACGACGACGACUGGGUGGACAGGCUGUCCCACAUUUACACGGUGGUGCUUCUCAUCAUCUUCGCACUGUUUACCGGCGGCGGCCAGUAUGCUGGGGACCCCAUUCAGUGCUGGUGCCCUGCACAUUUCACAGGUUCAUACGUGGCCUAUACAAAAUCAUACUGCUGGAUAAAAAAUACGUAUUACCUGCCAAUGCAGGACACCAUCCAUCCCAACAAUGACACGCACCAUCAGAAUGAACUCACCUACUACCAGUGGAUUCCGCUCAUCCUUCUCUUCAUGGCUUUCCUCUUCAAGUUCCCGAGUUUCAUUUGGCGUAUGCUUGCUGGAUAUUCUGGCAUCAACAUGGGUAAACUAGUAGAAAUGGCCGGCUCUACGCAAGUCGCCGACCAGAAGAAGCGAAACCAGACCGUUGAACAUAUCUGCCUGUAUUUGGACCGCUGGCUCGAGGCCAACCGCCAAUACCACUACAAUAUCAUCGUGCGCAUGCGUCAACGGGCCUCCAAGUUCCUCUUCCUGUGCAACAAGAGAGAGGGGACCUUUCUGACGGGGCUGUAUCUCUUAAUUAAGGCUCUGUAUGUUGUCAACGUUAUAUGCCAUUUCUUCCUGCUGAACGCUUUCCUCGGCGGAUUUUUCGAGAUGUGGGGAUUUGAGGCGAUCAACAGUUUAGCCAACGAGGCGGUUACCAAGGAGUCUAGACGCUUCCCCAGAGUGACGCUGUGUGACUUCAAGAUUCGACAGCUGCAGAACAUUCAGGAUUACACCGUCCAGUGCGUGUUGCCAAUCAAUCUGUUCAACGAGAAAAUCUUCACCUUCCUCUGGUUCUGGUUCGUCCUCGUUGCCGUGGUUACCUGCGCAAGCUUCCUCAUGUGGUUCUGGAGAACUAUUUUCCGCCGCAACCGCGUCACCAUUGUGAAAAAGUACCUGAAGAUAAACGACAACUUUCAGGCGGGUGACAAGAAGCUUUGCAAGCGAUUCGCUGAUCAGUAUCUUCGAGACGACGGUAUUUUCCUGCUCAGGAUCAUUGAAAGGAAUACAAACGAUAUCCUGAUGACCGAUCUAGUCUCGAAAAUGUGGGAAAUCUACCGCAACAAGCCAAUGAUCAGGAAAGAGCUUGAAGGCGGUGAACCCAAUGGUGACACCUACGCAUGAAAAUAGCAAACUGUUUUGCUUUUUUAACGACAUGACUUUUUUUCGAAGAUGUUCGUAAUUGUCUCGAAUCUAUAAAAAAGGGACCAAUGAUAAUAAAUUUGUGAUUUUUCUUAUAGAGGAUAGCGUCAAAAGGGACCAAUGAUUAUGUGCCUUAUUAUUUUGACAAAAGUUUGCAUAAAAUGUAAGCUUUUUUUCAUAUCUCAUCAUAUAUUGGUUCAUUUUUUUGGUUUUUAAAAAAUCCUAAUGUGAGCAUUUCAUGAACAUUUUUGCAAGAUUUUUUUGUUUGAUUUUGAAUUGGCACGUUCUACUGCAAAAUAUUUGUAUGUGUUUUUUAAAUGACAUAUUGCAAACAUAUCAAAUAAUCAGGUUUUAAUGUGUUUAUUUUCAACAUGAUGAGAAUUAAUCAUGUCAUUUCAUCAUGUAUAAUUUUUCAUUUCCUUAGGUUUUUCUUUUUAAGGUAAAGUACUGAAAUAUGAGGUACAGUCUGAAAUAUGAGGUACAGAACUGAAAUAUGAGGUUAAGUUCUAAAGUAUGAAUUUUAAUUUCGAAAUGAAAUUGUCUUUGAUAGUGUUUAAUUGAAAAUCGAUCAUCAGAUCUGCAUUUAAUGAAGGAAAAUGUAUAUUUUAGUUACAAUCUUUUGCAUGACUGGUAUUCUUUAAAAUAUAAUUGGAACCUAAAAAAGGGCUUAACCCAGUUGUGUUUGUAGAUAUAAAAUUUUUUUGCAUAGUUGAAGCUGCAUGUGAUCAAACAAAAACUUGAAAGUCAAAGGAUUUUAGCCAGUAUAUUAUGUGUGUAUGUGUCAAGCUAGUGUGGAAUGUUGCAAGAUACAUGAGCGGAGUGGGUUUGAUAAAAAUAUUGCUCCUGUUUUAAGAUGUUAAACUUUUGAAAGAUAAAAGGCGUAUGCCUCCUUCUUAAAUGUCAAAAGUUACGAGACAGAUGUAAUAAAGGUCUAUGAUCUAAAGGAUGCCUGAACUUGUAUGACAGAUUGUAUUAGAUGAUGCAGUUUAUGAUGCUUCUUAGAUAGAUAAAAUGAAGUACUUAUAUCUAAGUUUAGUGAUUUAAAUGGUUCUGAAAAUUUAAUUUACCAUUGACAAAACGUUCAUAUAUAUAUGAGAAAGUGUACGUUAUUUACCAAUUUCUUGAUUUAUGACACAUGGUAUCAAUUGUGAGGUGCUAUUUCUUAAACUGCCUCAAGUUUCGUAGACUAUCAAAAUUUUCCUUUUUGAUUUUUCGUGAUGAUUUAUACUAAUUCGGUCAACUUCAUAGGCAUUAUUUAUAGGUAUUUUGAAAGGUUGUAUUUAUCGUAGAAAAGGCAUUUUCAUAGAAAAGUUUUACAUACAUAUGAUGUUUUACUAUUAAAAUGAUAGAAAUGAAAAAAAAAAUUAAAGCGACAUUAUAUCGUUGACGGGCAUUGUUUAGUUUAGUUAAGCUGUGUGGCAUUUAUAGACUAAAUCAUUGGAGACGUCAAAGCGGCCUUAUACAAAAAUAGCAUUUGUAGUUCAUUCCUCAUUUGCAUCUUAAAUUAUUUUUCACGCCUAAUUGCAUUUCACUUAUCGUUUUGAUUUCAAAUGGUGCUUUAACUUAAAGUGUGUAAAUGAAUAUGAAAAAAAUGCUAGAACAAAAUGAAUGUAAGACAUAGCUUAGUCAUAUUUGCUUAAAGAGGUACUAGAUAUAUUGUUUUCCACGGUGCUCAUGUUAUUAAGGUACUCAAUGUACAAAUAAGGUGGACAUUUUAAUAAGCCAUUGAUAAUGAUGUUAAAUUUAGAUGCCUGGUGACCACAUAUAAUUUUUAAUUAAUUUAAAAAGGAUUUUGUCUACUGAUUACUUAUAUGUUAAAUAUAUGACAAAAAAACAUGAUAAAGCUUAGUUAAUAAGUUAACUUAUGCAGUUUAUAUAUAUUGUUUUAUUUUAACUAAAAUCAGACGCGAAAUCACCUGUUUUGCAAUAUUUGAAGACUAAAAAAAAUCUGUUAAUCUCUCUACUGAUAAAGCCCUUUUAAAUGAUACGUAAAUAAUAUUAGGAUCUUCAGACAUCACACACAGUAUAUAUUGCACAUUGAAAACCUUAAAAUUGACUUGCCAUCUGGUAAGGAUUAGUUGUGUUUAGUUUCUACUAAUUUCAUUCGAUGAGUUUGGAUAUAUUUUUAUAUCAUUUUUCAUAACUUCAUUCCAUCAUGUUGAUUUUAGAAAAGCUUGCCAAUGAAUAUGACUGCCAGUGAAUUUUGUUUUUAUUUUGCAUUUUUGGCGAGAUGCUUUCUUGCGAAGUUUAAUAGGACAUGUAUACUAAACAAUCCAUGUUGUUGUUCAAACGCUGUCACGUCACCUUAAUGGAAGAACUCAUUAUCUGUUUCUAUUCCCUAUAUGAACUUAUUUAGUUAGUGCACUAAGGUGACGAUUAGCAGUGUAGAUCAUACUGUCAAAAAUGUACAUACUUUUUACGUUAAUAUUAAAACAAAUAAUAUGUUAUUUGCCUAAACAGGGGUCCUUAAGUUCAGGGAGAACUUUGAAACAAUUCCAAAAGGGGUAUAAGCCGCUUUACUCUAUUUUGGGGAAUAGAUCCCUGGUUCUCUGACAGACCCCGGCUAUUUUCAAGAUUCACAAUUAUCAGUUGUUAGUACAAGCACUUUGACAGUUAUGGUGGCAUUUAAUCUACUUUUCUAUAUAAAUAUUUAUGAACAGAAAGAAACAAAGAAUCAUUAUGAGAUUGGGCCUGAUGAACACAUUCAUAUGUAAGUUUUAUUCACAUCAUUCUUGUCAUAACAUUUUCAUUUCAGAAGAUUAAGAUAAAGUUGCCAUAAAGUAAUAAUAUAUAUUUUUCAUGCACAUAUUAAUGACUGUUUUAUUUUUGAUUGCUUUUUAAUUCAUCAGCUCAAAGUAUAAACUUCUUUGAAAGAAAAUAAUUUCUACGGUGUACACAGUUAUGAAGGCUCUGAUAGUUAUUUCGCGCACAAUUUUGAUGUCCUCGAAGGAAUUAUGUUUCUUAAGUCAAUAAAUACUGCAUGUUAUAUAUUUCAUUGCUACACCUGUCUUCUCGUGUUUUGUAUAGAAUAUAAUAUGUUGUGUUCUUUUUGGAGAAUGUUCAGUGUUCGUGUUGCCAGAAGGUUGUCUUAUAUGAUUAUGAAAACUGAUUUUAGUCAUUUUGUAUGAAACACCAGCCUGACCAGGAUCCUUUUAUAUCUCAGUAUUCCGAACGAAGUGACAUUGCUACAGGCAACAUGUUGACUUGUAUAAUUGUUUCAGUGAGAAAACAUCGUAAACAAUAAAAUAGAGCUCUACUGAUAUUGAUGAUUUUUACGUGAUAGAACAUGCUUUAUUUUGCCGAAAUGAGUUUCGUAACAAUAAUUAUACAGAAUUGAACUAUUUUAGGCUUGGAUUUACAAAUUCUUACUAUAAUGAGUUUCUACUAUCUGCUGUUCAGCGUUGUUUUUUCUCUCAAAAAGAUACGUUAAUAACUCAUAUUCAACUGUUUUAAACACAAAAAAUCACCUAUCUAAAAACCUGGACGUUUCCCUUUAAGAGAAGAAUAAAAAUAACAUUUUGCCAGAAGUCGUUUUUGCAGAAUUUGUAAACAAUUUUAUGAUUUUGGGAAACAACAUGAUGUGAUGAAUUUCAAUUGAUCUCGUUCAGUUGUUUAUUUUAUAGACAUAGAAUAGUUUUAUACACCGUCUACAAAAUAUCCAAGCUACGUCAACAUAUUUCUUUACUAAGCAUGGUAAAUAUGUGAAUAAACAAAUACCGUUGUUUUUAGAUUCGAAAAUCUUUGAUGUUUAUUUUGUUUCAGUAUUUUCCGCUUUAAACAUUUCGUAAGUCAUGUAAGUUUUAAAAACUCCUUACGUUUACAGGGGCAUAAGCCACUGAAUACUUAUAUGAGGGUUCAUAACUAUGUAUAUAAUAAUAAUAUACCAGAAAUCAAGAGAUUUGUUUUGUUUUUAUUAUUUUUUCAGUAUAAAUAUAGCCUUAUUUAGCUUUCUUUUUUUGUAAUUAUUUUGUAGCAUACGCUUACAUUCGGAACGCCUCGGCCAUUUUCUAUCGUAAACAACCUCGGAUGUAUGCCGGUACACCAGUAGAAGUAGUUCGUAAAAUUUGAAUUUAUUAUUAAUUAAAUGUAGUGUUUUUAUGCAUAUCUAAGUUUAAAUUGAUUGGCCAGUGAAGUGUAUUAUUUCAAACAAAAUUUCGAUUCCCAAGGGUUAAGUCAUUAAGUUUAACUUUUUAAUUGAAAUCACUACGCGAUCUACUUGCAGCGUAGUUAAAGUGUUCAUAUUUCUGACAUUGUAAACCGUCCAUAUACAUCCGAGGUUGUCGAUAGAAAAUGGCCGAGGAGUUCUGAAUAAUACGCUGAAGUUUGUUCGGACUUAUUUCCACUGUGUAGGAACUACGUCAAAAGUAUAAAUGUAGUCUCUUGAGGUAUCCGAUGUGAAAUUAAGCUAGUUAUUUGAUUGGACCAUUGGCGAUCAGGUUUAAUUUUGAAACCUGUUGACCCAUUAACAGUUUGGUAUUAUAUGAGAGUGUAUUGCUAGCUGGUUCAAUACUUUUAUGUAUGUAAAAUAAAUUACCGAUAAUACAUUACAGAAAAAUUUGA